AUGAACGAUUUAGUAUGCUUAAAGUUAUUAAAAACUAAAAAAGGAAAUAACCGGAAUAAGAUAUAUACAAUUUUACCAAAUGAUAGCAAUAACAUAAUAGCUUUAUUAUACAUAAAAAAUGGAAAAAAUAUAAAGGAAGAAAAUUUUAAAUUAUAUUUCAAUGUUUUGAAUAGUUAUAGUGAUGAUAUCUUACUAAAUAAUAAUACAAUAAAUGCUUUUUGGAUUUACUGCAAUAAGGAUAUUUUUACAAAAAAUAAAUCUGUGAAACCUCAAAUUCCAAUUCUGGUUUCACAGCAACAUGAUCAUUUGAAUUUUUACUUUUUUACCAAUGCUCAUAAAAUAAAUUUGCAUUUGGAAAGCCGUGAAAUAAUAAUCAAAGAUGAACGAUUAUAUUUCGAUAUUUAUAAUAAGACUGAUGGAAAAACAUAUGAGCAUAACACAUUGUACAAUUUUUAUAUUACCUAUGAUAAAUUGUUUCAUUUUAUGGAGACAUUUAAUAAAAAAUUGUCUAUAUUGGAAUCAUUAUCUAAAAAGUUUAUAAAAAUAAUAUUGAAGGAUGAAAACUCUUUUUUUAUUAUACUAAAUGACAUAAUAUGUGCAGAAUUUGUUUCAAAUGGGUUAUGUUUACAGGUGAAAAAAAUAUUUGCCCUUCAAAACAUAUUGAUGGAUGUAGAUAAUUAUAUUUAUUUCAGUAAAUGUAUUUCAAGGAAUAAUUUCUUAUUUCUUUUGACUUUGACACCACAACAAUUUCUGAUUAUUUUCAAGGAAGAAGUGCCAUAUUUGGCAAUAAAUAUAAACAAGCACGUAUUAACAUUUUUUAAGGAUUUUGAGGUGAAUUAUGAUGUAUCGACUGUGCUUUUGAUAGAUUUAUGCAAUCAUGUGUGGUCCUUUGAUAUCCGAGCGUUUUCUGAUUUAUAUUUAUUUGAAGAAAAAGAUAAUACAAGCUUAAAGAAAAAUAUAAAAAUAAAAAGUGUAAAAAUACAUUCACUUUAUUUAAAAGGAGAUUCCGAAAAAAACACAAAAAUAAAUGAUAUUAAAAAUGUAUAUAAAGAAAUAUAUUGUGAAAAUAAUUACAUCAAUGAAUGUAAUUCUAAUAAUAAUACGAAGAUAAAUUUAAAAUCUUAUUUUCCUGACUAUUUUAAAUUCACAAAAAAAAAAAUUUACGUAAAUAAAAAUUAUAAUAACAAUGAUGAUUGUAACAUUAGCUUAAAAAGUUACAAAUAUUUAGAAUAUUCAAAAUAUUCAUAUAUAAUUUGUAAAUUAAAAAAAAUAUAUUUCUUGAAUAGUGAAAAUUUAUAUCAAACUAUUAAUUCUGUUGAGAUAGAGGAUGAAAAGGAGAAAUCCAUUAGGGGGAAUUUUGAUAUUUUAUAUUUUUAUGUUCAAAAUGAAAAUUAUAAUUAUAGUUUGAGCAAAAUUAACCUCUCUAACUAUGAAAAUAGUAUGCAAAUUUUUAAUAACAAUUAUGAAGAUAAUAUAGAUUAUAUGGAAUCUCAAUUAAAUAAUAGACAAAUUGAUCACUACAUUGAAGAUAAGUAUAAUAUUUUACAAAAUGAAGAAAUUUACAAUAGUGUUGUUGACCCCAAAAAUAGAAUUAAUCAUAGUAUGGAUCAUACUAAUAUUUUAUAUGAUAAUAAUAACAAUGAGAUAGAAAAUUAUUCUUAUGAUAUAAACGCAGUCAAAGAUAAUUAUGAAAAUAUAAAUGUACAUAAAUUAAAAAAUAUAGAAAACGGGGUAAACAGUCUUAAUAGCGUGCUACCCAAGUAUAUUCAACUUAUUAAUAUGUAUCCCAUUUAUUGUGAUAUUAGAAAGUUAUUUUUAAUUAGUAGAUUUAAAUGGGAUUAUUAUGAAGAUACAAAAAAUAUUAAUAAUAAUUUGAUAUACAAUGAAAGCGCCUAUAAAAACAGAAAGUUUCUCUAUAGUAAAAAAAUGAACUUGGUGAAAAUUAACUCAUGUAAAGAAUAUUAUUUUAUUGAAAUAUUUUUUUUUAAGAAAAAUGAGAAUAUAAAUAAAAGGUGUGUAAUAGUAUUAAGAAAUACAAAGGUAAACAGAAACUUUGAAUUUCUACUUGUUCUUAAAAAUUACAAUUAUUUUUAUGUAAAUGAGAAAAAAAAACAUUGUCUUUUUAAUGUUGAUAACACAUUAUGCAAAUUAGUAUUUAAAAAUAAUAUUAAUACAUUGAUUAGUAUAUGUGCAUAUAAUAUACGAGAAAAAGCAACAAGUAUUAUAAAGGUAAAUAAUUUAAAAAGACAAUACUACUACUUCAUAAUGCUAUAUAAUGGUUUUUUAAAUAAAGAUAUAUUUUUAAUAAAAAAAAGCUUAAAUAUUCAUAAGUAUAAAGAAAUGCUAUUAUUCUGUAGAAUAUUAUUUCAUUAUAUUUGGAAUAAUUUUAAUAUGGAUAUUAUUUAUUUUUAUUUUAUUGAUUAUUUUUCGUUUAUAAAUCAUAUAUGGAAGAAAAAAUAUAAAAACAAAUUUAAAUAUAUUAAGAAACAAAUAAAAGAAAAAAAAGAAUUUAUACAAAUAUACUUUUCCUUGAACUUAAAAAAGAUAUUUGACAUAGUAGAUAUUGUUGGAAAAAAAUAUCUCUGUUUUCAAAAUAACAAAGAACUUAAAAACUCAUUAAUGCAAGACAUUUUCGAUGUUAAUCAUAAGAGGUCACAGAAAAAAAUAAAUCUGGAUAACGAGUACAAAAUGAAAAAUAAAGACAUGGUGCAGAAAAAUGAAAAUAAGAAAGGCCAAGCGAAAAGUCAACAAGUGCAAAAAAUACAAAUGUCUAACAACUGUAAUACUGAAAAUUAUAGUAUCAGAAAUAGUAAAACCCAAACAAAAUCACACUUAAUUAAACCAGAUAAAUAUAUCUCGAAUGAUAAAAAUUUUAAUAAUUAUGAGAAACUAUAUAAUAACACCAUAAAUGUAGAACAAAUAAAAGGAAAUGUAAAUUCAAAUAGUAUAUACAAAAUAAACAAUAGUAAUAAAAUAAUUGAAAUGGAUAAUAAUCAAACGAAUAAUUUAAAUAACUAUAAAGAAAGAGUUCUAAAUUCAUCAUAUGAUGAUAUGAAGAAAAUGAAUAAAAAGAAAAAAAAAAAUGAAGAAAAGAAGGUAAAUAUAUUUUCAAAAGAUCAAGAAGCUGAUAUUGGCACCGAACAAAUUCGACAAAAUAAUAAUUACAAUAAUUUAGAUAAUAAAUACUCACAAAUACUUGAAUUUUAUUAUUUUGAAAAAAUGUGUUAUAACGAACAUUAUAAUAUAUUUGUUAAUAAAAAAUAUAGUAAGGAAAUAUGCACAAUUACAUUGCAUUUUAUUAUAUCAUUUAUUGAUCGCUUUGGGGGGAAAAUAAAUAAUAAAAAGUUACUAGGAAAAAAUAAAAUGAAAAAAAUAUUUUUAGAAAUGAAUAAAUAUAUAUAUAUGGUUAAAAUGAUUAUGAGCAUAAUAGAAAGAAAUUAUUAUACAAAUAUAGAGAAAAAGACAAAAAGAAAUGUAAGCAAAAUAAAUGUUUGGAGAGACAAUAAUUUUUUUUAUAAAUAUAAUGGAAAUAAUUGUGAACAAAAUUUUAUAAAUCAUGCAUAUCUAAAUGUAUAUAAUAUGUAUGAUACUAUUUCAGAAAUGUUAUAUGUCGAAAAGUUACAUUCUGACAAAAUAAAUAAAUUAAUUCUUAAUCAUUAUCAUCAUUUUAAUACGUCUAAUAUUAAUAACCAAGUAGACAAAUUUAAAUGUAAAAAUGAUGAAGACAAAAGUAAUCAUGAUUUGUUACUUCAAGCUGUUAAUAAAAAUGCUGAAAAUGAACAAAUCAACCUUAAGGAUAAAGUUCAUAAUAUAAAUCGUUUAUUAAAUUUGGAGCGAAAUGAAAAAUUGAUGAAGCACAACAAUUCUAAGGAUACAAUUACCAACUGUACAUAUGAUAGAAAAUUUUACAACACAUACAGACUAGAAAACAUAAUGAAUAAUGAAUAUAGAGAUAAGCUGAAUGAAAAAGAUUAUAAAAAGUUAUUUUUUUGUUUAUGUUACUGUUAUACAAUAAUAACAAAAAUGAAGAAAAUUCCUUAUCUUAAUAUGAAGAAUGUAUUAUAUAAAGAAGUAAUUAAUUCAAAUAAAUUAAUUAAUAAGAACAUUACAUUUGAUUAUGUUAUUUAUGACAUUCUUAAUAAUAACAACCUUAGUGCAACCAUUUAUUAUAUUUAUUCAAAAAAAUACGAAUUUUUUUUUAAUUUUAUCGUAUUAUAUUUCAAUUAUUAUAUUUUGCAUAACUUUUUUCUGAAUACACGAAAUGUAUUUAUUAAAAAAUUUUAUGAUUCUGUUACUCGAGGAAUAGAAAAUUAUAAUACUGGUAUAAAGAAUGAUAAUGUUGAUAAAAAAUGUAAGAAUAAUAAAUUAAAUAGCAAGGGGGAAAAAGACAAAAAAGGGGAAAAAAAGAGGAAGAAAUCAGAGUAUUACUCAUUUUUUAAUAAUUUCUUAAAUGCAAUUAUAAAUGAUUUUGACAACGUAAUUAAUAAAAAAGAAGGAUCUACAUAUAAUCGAUUUAUUUAUGAUUUGUUUGAAAACAUUCAAAAUUAUGAACUCCAUAGAAGAAAUACAUAUAAAAAAAUGAUAAAUAGUAAAGAUGCCGUUGAUCCAAUCAUUAGCCAUAAAAUGGAUUAUAACAAUAAUACAAAUAAAACAGACAUUGUACAAAGGGGAAGAGAUUGCAAUUAUAUAGAGAUGGACAAAUUUAAUUCUAUUAAUAAAACUGAUCGAGAUAUAAAUAAUUUUAAAAUAUAUGGGAAUAAUUCACAUUUUGAAAAAAAUUGUAUAAUAGAUGCUAUUUAUGAAAUAUACAAUAUGUACUAUAAUAUAAAAGACAAUUUUAUAAAACUGGAAAAUGAGAUGAAUGAAAAAAACAUGGAUAGUGUUUUUAAUUUUCAUUAUAAUUUAAAAAAUUCUGUUAAGUGUAAUUUGCAAAAUAUAAUUCUAUUAAUUUAUAAAUUAAUCAUAAAGGACAAAAAAAUAAAUAAAAUAAAUAGUUGUUUUAAAGAUCAAAUAAUGAAACAAUUAAUAAGAAAUUCCAAAAUACCAUUUGCUUUUAUGCAUUUGAAUCCACACGAAAUUAUAAUAAAUUAUUAUGGAAUAGUUAUAUACAGAUUAUUAUGCAAUAAUAUAGACAAUUAUCUAGAUAUAUGCAUAUAUAUAUUGAAAAUAUUAUGCGUUGAUGUUUUAAAGUUUUUUAAAGCUAUAGCUUUUUAUACAGUAAAAAAAUAUAUUAGAAAUAAACUGCUACUUUUUUUGACCAAAAAUAAAUGUUCAUUUAAUCUAGUUGAUAAAAAAGCUAUAAAAUUUAUUUCUAUUUUAGAAAUAUUUUAUAAAAAUAGUUCAUAUACUACUGAGCAUAAUAAUGAAUAUACUAAAUAUAUAUUGAACAAUAAUAUUUUUAGACUAUAUGAAAAUAUGACAUUUUUUAAGGCUUUCAAAAAUAAUAUACUUCAAGCUGGUUAUAAUUACAUUUUUAAUAUAACAUAUAAAGAAAAAAACAUUUUAAAUAUUUUCAAUUAUCUCAUAAAUAUGUAUAAUAAAUUAUUUCCACAAAAUACAAGUUUUUUAAGUUAUUUUAAUCAGAUGUCUCUCUUAUUUAUUCCUUUCAUUAUACAGAAUUUUUAUUGUACUUAUGACAUUAGCAUUUUAGAUAGUGAUCAAAAACAUAUAGACAAGGAAAAACGAAAAAAAAAUCAAUCAAAAUUAAAGGAUACACAUUUAUUUUUACAAAAUGUAAAAAUUAAUUACAAAAAAAAGAAGAAAACAAGAGGAAUCAUAAUGGCAGUUGAUAAUUAUUGGCACCAUAAGCAAAAUAUGCACAUCUACACAAAAAAUAAAAGUAUCAUCCGUUACUCUAAGAUUCUUCAUAAAAUUCGUAAUGAAAGAUGGAUGCAUCAUUUAAAAUCAAAUAAAAUUUCUCAUAAAACAAAUAAAUGGAUUAAAAUUUCUAUGUACAAAAUAUCCGAUUUUUAUAGAAACAGUUUUAUAAAUAAUAAUAAACGCAUAUCAAAUAUAGAAGACACUAAAAAUUUUAAUAAAAAACAUGUUUUAUCAAAAACGCAUUUAAAAAAUGAAUUAAAUUAUGAUGAAUCUAUAAAAAGUUUGGAAAAUAAAUAUGAUAAAAAUAAAUAUCAUAUACCAAAUAAUGUAGAAGCAAUUAAAGAGCUUAUGAACACAGAAAAAUACAUGAAUCAUGAUAAUAAAAAUGGUAAUCUAAAUUUUUCUAAUAAAUAUGUUUAUUGCUAUUAUGCAAAUAAAAAAGGAAAUGAAAAUAUCAUCACUUAUAAUAUGGGAAAAAAUUGGAUGAAGCUAAAAGGGAAAGAAAUAGAUGAUCUAAUAUAUAUUUGUCACAAAAAUUUAGAUACAAAUAUUAUUAAAGAAAAAAAUAUAAAAAGCAUAAAUAAAUAUAUACACGAUUUUAAUUCAAAUAAAAACCCGUGGCAUUGUGAUUAUAAUUAUGAUAAUGAAUGUUAUUGUUAUUUAUGCUUUACAAAUAAAAAUGAAAAUCAAGAAAAAAAUUUAAAAAAAAAAAAAAAAAAAGUUGAAUGUAAAAAUGAAGACGAAUUUAUGAGUGUGCCUAUUGAUUAUAAUUAUUGCAACGUUGAUGCAAUAGACACAUUUGUUCUUCAUAAUAAUCAUAUUAUUGAAAAAGUUUCAGAAAUCGAUUAUAAAGAUAAAGUUAUUACUAAUGAUAAAAACAAUGAAUAUUCAUAUGUAAAUAAUACAUUUAUACUUGAAAAAAAUUGUAAUAUAAAUAAACAAUAUACAAAUAUGAGCUCAAACAAAAUUACGGCUUUAUCCGAAAAUAAUAAAAAUGAAAAAUAUAAUCAUAGUAUAACUCACGAAGGCAAGAUGAAUCAAAGUACUUAUGGAGUAGUAUCUCCCGUUUUAAAAAAAUAUGAAAAGUGUGUAUAUAAUUACAAACUAGUUCCACUUGAACUUUCUACUCAUGGAUCUUAUUUAUGUUGUUCUUUGUCAAUGUUAAAAACUGUAAAUACUAAUAUUAUGCUAAGAAUUGUAUUAGAAAAAAGAGGGAUUUUAUUUUUACACUUUAUAUUAAAUUAUUUUUUAAUUAAAAAUACAAAAAGAAAAACAAAAUUCUCCAUGAAAAAUGAGAUAUUUACGCGUAAUAGUUCUCUUAUAGUACGAGAAAAAAAAUAUGGAGAUAUAAAAAAAAGACAACAACAAAGACAUAAUAUACCUGAUUCUACAUAUCCAUUUUUAAUUAGUAAUCAAUAUGAUGAGGAUUUAAUUGUAUUUAAUAAUAUGGCCAAAGAAAAUAAUCAACGUUUCAGAGAAAAUAACAAAACAAUUGUGAACAAUUUAAAUGCGAAACCAAUUUAUAAGCAUGUAGUUUUAAAGAAUUGUAACAAUAAUAAAAAAAAUAAAAUAAAAAUAAAAAAUUUAUUCUAUGAGUUAAUAAAAUUAAUGAAUAUAAAAUCAUAUGAUGACAAAUUGUUUAUAUAUAUUUUAAAUUAUUACAUUGAUAACAAUAAUAUAUCUAUUAUAUUUGUUGUUCUAAUAACAUUAAAAUAUUUUAGCAACAAUUUUUUCAAAACGCUUCACAAAUCGAAAGAAUUCAAUUUUUAUAAAAUUAUAAAAAUUGGGACUAAAGACAAAAGUCUUAACGAAAAAAAUGAUAAAACAUAUACAUCAAAUGAAAAUAUAAAAGAAAAGCGUUCAAAUUUUUGUAGUAAAAAACAACAAAAUAUAGAUUUUAAUAUAAACAUAAAUUCAUACGAAAAAUACUUCUUAAAAAUAAUAAGUUAUAUUCAAAAUAAUUUAAGAAAUAAAGCGAAUAGUUUUAUAUAUGAAUAUAUUGAGUCUAUUUUGGAAUCCCUUGGAAUUUUUUUAUACAAUUUUGAUUUUUUAUAUAACCUGACCUUUUUGAAUAACUGUUCAUCCUCUCCAUGUGUAUGUUUAAAAAAUAAAAAAAAUAGUGAAUGCACUCAAAACACCAAUUUAAAAGUGCUGAACAAGUUAGGAGACAAAAAAAGCGACCAAAAUUUCUUUAGUUUGAAUAUUUUAAAGAGUAGAAAUCCUGAUAUAUAUAUAUCUUAUAAUAUGAUGACAAAACUUAGUAGAAAUUUUUUAUUAUUCAAUUAUUUAUCAUAUGAGCAUAUUAAUAAUAAGUUCGGCAUGAAUAGUCAUGAUUAUUUUGGAGAUAAUGAUGUUUUUAAAUUAUAUAAUAAAAAAUAUGUAUCAACAAAUAAAAUCAAUAAUUUCCACAAAUUUGUGCUUAGUUACUUUUUAGCUAAUCAAACUUAUACAUCUAUGUAUUUUUUUAUUUUGAAAAAUAUGAGUUUGUUUCAAUCAUUUAAAAAUUGCAACUAUUUAGUAAAACAUGUGUAUCGAAAAGAAGAAAAUAAAAAUGGUUUGUUAAAUAUGUCUUCCAAUUUAUAUAUAUCACAUGCACCUUGUUAUUUAUAUUCUCGGUUAUCCAAUAAUUUGUUGCCAUUAUCUUUAUACAAUGCUGGUACAAUAUUUAUAUAUGAGUUAAAAGCAUAUCUCCUAAAAAAUAAAAAAAUAUCAAAAAAAGCAUGUUUAAAUAAAGACCCAUUAAUGGAUAUAUCUACAUGUAAUCAAGAAAGAGAAUACAAAGAAAAUGAGAAUAAUGAAGUCGAUUUUAACGAAUGGAAUACCAGUCAAAGUAUUAAUCAAAUGUGCAAACAAAUUUUAAGAAAAGAUAUUGAUGAUAUAUACUAUAUACCUCUCAAUAUAUUAAGCUUUUUAAAUGUAAAAUUAUUCUUAUGCAUAUUUGUAUUUAGCAGUGUUGAUAUAUUCGAUUUCAAUACAAACAAUCCAGAUAAUCCUUUAUAUGUAAAUAUAUAUUAUUUUAAAAAAUUGACUAAAUGCUUUGCUACAUCGAUUUAUGAAGCAUAUUUCGGUUGCAAAUCAAAUUUUAAAAAAAGUAUAAAACAAAAGCUAGAAGAAGAAAAACGAUUGAAUAAGCAUAUAUUUAAACUAGCUAUAGAAAAUUUAAAACGGUACAAAGAAAAUUAUAUAAAUAUUGUGAAUCGAGAAAACAGUACCGAAAAUGAUAUACAUGAAAUUAGAGAUAGCUAUGGAAAAUCGAAUUCACUCAACAAAAUUGCAAUAGGUAAUAAUAAUCAAUACCAAUUUUGCUUUGAAAAUAUAACAUUAAUAAAAAAAAUAAAGAAUAAUAACUAUGAAUAUAAAGACAAAGAUAAUUACAGUUUGAUGCAAAAAUUGAGGAGCAUAAAACACAUUAAAGACGAUUGUAAAAAAAAUAAGCAUAUAUAUAAUGGUAGAAUACAUUUUGAUAAAGUAUUUGAUUUUUAUACAUAUAAUAAAGAUUUAUCAUUGAAAUUUUUAUUAAAAAAAUAUAUAGAUGAGUCAUUUUUUCAAAAAUAUUUUUCUCCUUUUUCUCUUUUUGAAAAUAUAUUUAAGAAUGAAAAUGAAGCAUAUGAAAACAUUGAUCAGCAUCAUUUACAUGACAAAACAAAAAAUGAAAAAUCAACUACAAAUAAAUUAGACAGGAUUGUAUCAAAUGAACAUAUUUUAUAUAAUAAUCAUAAUAUAGGAAAGACAAAAAAUAUGAAAAAAUUAUAUAAUUAUAAUGAUUUUUUUGCAUACAUAAGAAAAUGGAAAAAUUGUGAAGAUUAUACAAUGUAUAAAUCUGAAUGUAAUAAAUUACAAAAUUGUGAAGAAAUAAUUAAAAUUAAAAACGGAUUUUGCAACGAUAAUGAUAUACAUAUUUGCAAAGACAAUACACAAAAUUUUAAUGAAAACAAAUUUAACAAAUAUUGUAAUAAUAAUUCUAUAGAUGUUAUUUGUAGUACUCAUUUAAAAGAAAAUCAAUUCUAUUUUUUAAAAUAUUUUAAUAUAAAAUAUUUUCUUAUUACUUUCCAACCAUUAAUAGCAUACCACAUAUUAAUCUUAAACUGUAUUUUUUAUAAAUAUGAUAAAUCAAGCAAUUUCGAACAUUAUUUAUAUGUAAAUAAUUAUGAUGUAAAAUUAUUGAAUGAUUAUAUAAUUAGCAACAAUAUUACUUUACCGUUAAAAUUAGAAGAGUGUCUAAAAAAUAUGCUUAUAAAAUUGUGUCUAGAAUUGGUUAUAUUUUAUUUUAAUAACAACAAUAUAUUGUGCUCUAUCUUGUGUUUUCUGGAUUUAUGCAAUAUCCGCAUUGAAAAAUUAAAAAUGUAUAUUCUUUCUAUGAAAAGUGUACAUUAUUAUUUUAAAAAAAAUUAUAAAAGAAAAACAUUUUGGGAUAAGUGGAUAAAAAAAUGUUUUCAAUUUUUUAAUAUCAAAAAUAUUUUUCAUAUUAAUUCAUCCAAAAAAAAUAAAAGCAUAUUUUAUGAAAGUUUUACUUCCCUACACAUAGAUUUUUAUGAGCUUUUUAAUAAAACAUUUAUAGAGUUAGUUGUAAUUAAGUUAUUUUUAGAAUUAUCAAAGGAAAAUGAUGAAUUUGAACAAAUAGGCAAAAAAACAAAUAAUGAAUAUGCAGAUAACAAAAAUAGCUCUACAAAUAUUAGAAGAAAUGUCAUUUCUUCCAAUUUUUAUGAUAAUAAACAAGCAGUUUUAAAUAAUACGAAAACACAAUACUCCAAUUUUAAGGAUACUUACAAUGUAUUCGAAAGACAAAAUAAUUUGAGUGAGGUGGAGAAAUUCACCCCAAUAAUGGCAUAUAGUGAUAUUGAUAAAAAAAAAGAAAAAAAUAAUUUAUCCAGUGAAGAGAAUACUAAAAAUUAUCCUAACAAUGAAGUUAAUUGUAAUAUAUCUACUUAUGAAAAACACAAGUUUAAUGAAUCUAAUGAUAAAAAUAUAUACAACAUAGAUGAUAAUAAAAAUGAAAACGACGAAAAUAAAGUAAAUUAUUAUACAUAUAAAGAAGACAGUGUGAAGAUGUUCAUUUUAAUUUUAUUAGAGAAAUCCAUACAAUAUAGAAUUAAAGAAAAAAAGAAAAAGAAAAAAAAAAAAUUUUAUAACGAUUUUUUGAACAUUAUACCACUAUAUUGCAAUGUUAAUAAUGUACAUCAACCACUCACAUUAUUACAUAUUUUAAGUCGUAAAAAUGAUAUUUUUGUUUUUUUUUACGAAUGUAUUGAUAAAAAAAUUGACAUAAAAACAUGCCAAGAUAUUAUUAAUUUAUAUACAAAAAAUAAAUAUACCAAAAAACAUAUAAGCAUUUUUCUUGAGCAUAUGAAAAAAAAUAUGUCUUUUUUGAUAAAAUUACAAAAUAUGAUGAAAAAUAAUAAAUUAUUAGAUAUACAAAAAUAUUCUAAAGAAAAUAAUAAUGAUUUGAUAAAUGAUUCUAUCGAAAAUAUUGAAUCUGAAUCUCUUACAACAUCAGAUAUCAGUGUUCGAUGGCUACCUUCAAAUAGUAGUAACAUAUCAUUAGUAUUAUUAGAAAAACUGAAAAACAUUUUUAUUACAAAUACAGAUUUUUAUAGUAUUGAAAGUACUUCAAAGUAUGCUAACAAAUCUGCUUUGCAAAUUUUAUAUACAAUUAUUUACAACGAUUUCGAUUAUAAAAAUGUUCGGUUUGCCAUUGAAUUUAUUAUUCAGAAUAAUCAAAGUUAUACAAAGUUUUAUAUUUAUCUAACUGCUUAUGUUGAAUUCAUUUUUAAAAAUAAUUACCCAUAUUUAUUUUUAAAAAAAUGUAAAUAUGUUGUAGAAAAGGAAUUUCUUGAAAAAAACGAAAAUGCUAUUAACUUAAAAAAAUACGAAAAACUUUUUGGUCUCAAUUUUAACACACAUCAUGAAUUAAAAACGUUUAUAAUUCAUUUCAAAAAAAAAAAAGAAGAAUAUGAUAGUUUAAUUACUUUAUUAAAAAAUAUGUGGCUCUUUUUUCAAAUUAUAGAUUAUUUAUUAUUUUUAAGUAAAAUUCAAGUCAUUGAUACAAAUAAGUUAAAAUUUUAUAAUUUUAUUCAAAACCUAACAAGCUAUAAAGAAAAAUCAUUAGAUUUAUUUUUUAAAAUUAUCAAUAAAGAAGAAACAACAUAUUCACUAGUUUUUUUUCUCAUAGCCAAUGAUAUAUUUAAUUUAUUAAGACGUUUUUUUUAUAUCUUUUACUUUGAUACACCAAUUUUUUGUUUAUACAACUUUGUUAAAUGUAUAAAAUCGUAUAAAAUAUCCAAAGCAAAAUAUUAUCUUCAAAAGCAUUAUAACAAAUAUAUUAAAAUUCAUAAAAGAAAUACUUCAGACAAUUUAUAUCAUAUAUUUUGUACUCACGUAAUAAAUUACUUGUUACUGAAUUUUUCCCACAUAAGGUAUUUUAUAUUAAAGAUUCUAAUGGAAACAAAGUUUGAUUACAAAUAUAGAUUUUAUUAUUACACAUAUAAAAAUUUAUAUAGUCUUAAUCUGGAAAAAGAAAUAUAUAUGGACAUUUUUCGUGUUUGUGAAGAGUUAAUAAGUCAAAACAAAUUUACAUAUAUAAAAAAUAUGGUAUCUAAAAUAUAUUCACAAAUAGAAGAUAUAGAACAAUAUGCUUUUGAGUAUAACAAACUUUUCAUUAUAUUGAAUAAAUUUGUGCUUCUACAUUAUUCUUGCUUUAAAAAAUUUAUACAUAUAAUAAAAAACAGAAAAAGCACAGACGAUUAUAUAAGCUUAUUAUAUAAUAAUUCUAUUUCCUUUGGUUAUUCAACAGUAAUUUUUCUCUUAUUUCUUCUAAAUUAUUCUUAUUCCUUCCAAUCAAGAUUAAGCAUUUUUGAGCAGAUUCAUAUUUUAUUUUUAUGUAUAUUUUUAAUAAACGUUAUAAAAAAUAAAGAGCCAAAUUACAAAAAAAGCAAUAUAAAUAAAAAAAAAUAUAUAUAUACAUUUAAUUAUGUAAAGAAUAAGGUACAUAUAUCAGAAAACCUGUUUAAUAAUAAAGCAAUGAAUAAAAACAAAGAUGAAAAAAAUAGACAAAAAAAUAAUACAAAAUUGUGUAUAUUAAAAUUUUUGCCCCUAAAUGAUGAAGAGUAUAAAAAAAUAUUUUUGUUUAAGGAUUACAAUGAAAAUAGAAAAAAAUAUAUUAAAUACUAUAAGGGGGGAAUUCUAAAUUAUGAAAUAUAUAAUAAAUAUAUUAAUUUACGAAACCAAUUUUAUAAUUAUUCAGAAAAGUAUUUCUACGAUUUUACAAAAAACAUAAAUAUCAUUAAAUACUUAUGUAUUCAUAAACAUACAAUUAAAAACUUAAAAUUAAAGCUUAUAUAUUUAUUAAGUUUAAGUACAAAAAGUAAAAUAUCCAUAAAUUUUGAUAAAUUAAAUAUAUCUUAUAUAAAAGACAUUUUAAAAAAUAUAAGUUCGUGGACAAAUAGGAAUAUAAAUGUGCAUGUCCAUUGUGUUACUAAAAAUAUUUAUGUAGAUAGUGAAAAACAGGUUCAGAAAAAACUCAACAAAAUGAUGAACUCCAUUUAUAGAAAUACUCAAUUAAAUAAUUCAAAAAAUACAAACAAAGACAAAAAAAUUCAACAAUAUGAUCACAAUGUAACAAUGAAUUCGUUGGAAAUGCUGCAUCAAAUAGAAAAUAGUAGCAACAAUAAUAAUCAUACUAGUAGUAGAAAUAAUAUAAGAGCGAAUGAAAAUUAUGUUUCUAAUAUAAAAAUUCGCGAUUCAUAUAAAGCUAAAAAUUGCAAUGGAAAUAUAAUGAAAAAUAACAAUUUCAAAGAUACCGAUAAUUACCAUCCUAAUAAAAGUAAUAAUAAUUUAGACUCCAAAUUUAUUUUUAUUGUAAAAGAAUCAAAUGAGAAUAAGCUAUCUAAAACGAACAUAAAUUUAUUAUUAAGCAUAUUUAUUUGCAUAAAUAAUUUAAUAAAUAAUUUAGAUGUAAUUAAAGCACAAUAUAUUAUAGACAAUUUUUAUAUUGAGAAAAUAUAUGAAGAAAUAAAAUAUGAUGAAAAAAAUAAAAUGUUAACAGAAUUGUUAGAAAACCAAAAGAACAAUGAAUAUGAUUAUAAUUCAAAACGACUUAAUAAAUUGAAUAGUGUUAAAAAAAAAAAAAAUGGAAAAGAUUCAUUUUCAAAUAUUGCCAAAAAUCCAAUUAUUUGCUCAUAUUUUUAUGAAUAUUUAAAUGAAGAAGAACACGAAAAUUCAUGUCAUUAUAAUUCUCUUUGUAAAAUAGGAAAUUAUGAAAUAAAUCAAUUCAAUCAAUUGAAUCCAGAGAGUAAAAAAAAAGAUGAUAUAGAUGUAAAAAAAAAUAUAGAAAUUAAAUUAAAUUUGAAUAAUAAUGAUUCGUUUUUAAAAAUUGAUGAUAUAUAUAAAUAUAUUUAUUAUAAUUCAGUUUAUUCACUUGUUAUUUUUUAUUAUUUGUGUAUUGACUCAAAAUUCGGACUACAAUUAAUGAGAUUACUUAAUUGUCCAAAAACAAAGAAUGAAAAUAAAUACAACAAUACAGAUGUGUUAUUUUUUAAUAAUGCUAUAAGCCGAUGUAGUUCUGACAUAUAUAUGUUUGUUUUACAAUCACAAUUAUUAUUUUGCAUUAAAAAAAAUACCUAUAUUAUGUUAAGGCCUAUAUUUUGUGAUUUUAAAAAUGAAGUGCCAAUUUUAAAGAUUUUUUAUUAUGUUUUAAAAUAUUUUAUCAAGGUUAAAAAGGGGAAAAUAUGUGAUGUAUUGAUAGGAAAUAAAUUUAUACACUUAUUUAAUAGCAGAUUAAAUUUGGUAUGUGCAAACUUAUUGGUUUAUCAUAACUUUAUAUUAUUUUUAUUGGAUAAUUUUUAUGUAUACUCCUAUAAAAAAUAUAUUUGUACAAAUUGUAAAAAACAAUGUUGCACCAAUCAUACACACUCUAAAGACAUAAAUAUUGAGUGUGAUACCAAAAUAAAUAUUAAUGACCAUGCACUAAAUAGUAAAAAUGAAUAUGAAUCAAAUAAAGCUUUUAUAUAUUUUGAAUGCUCAUAUGAAUUUUUAAAUAAACAUAUUAAUUUAAUAUCAACUAAUUCCUGCAGCAUAUUAUACAAAAGGUUUUAUUUUAGAACUAUAUUAGAUGCUUAUUUUUACAUAUUAAAAAGUUUGAUAAAAAAUCGGUAUAGUAAAAAUAUUUUAAACGAUCAAAAAGGUUAUACAGAAGCUAAAGACAGAAAAAGACAAAGAAAAUCUUACUAUUACAGUAUUGGAGAUAUUAAAAAAUUAUUGCCUAAUGUUAAAUAUUCGGGUCCAUACUUGUCUAAUUAUCUUUUCUCUAAUUUAAUCACAAUUUACGUAUCGAAUAAUAUAAUAUUACCACUAGAAAUAGAAGUAGAAAUUAUAAUUUUUUUAUAUAGAAUAGCAUGCAAAUUUACAUCAGAAGAACACAUUAAUCAGAUUACGUGCAUAAUCAAGAAAAGAAUUUUAAUUUAUAUUAAAAAGAAAAAAAAUCAUAUUAUUUAUAGAUUAUUGCUAAAUAUAAAUGAAUACGGUAAAUUAUACUUUAUUUUUAAAUUAAUUUUUGAAAAUAAAUUGAUAUUUGAUUUUUUAAAAUAUAGUAAAAAUGUGUUUUCACAUUUAAACGUAUAUAAUUUUAAUAAUGACCUAAGUGUCUCAUUAAAUAGUAAUUGUUUAAUAUAUCAUGAAAAGGUUUGCAAAUUAAAGAAUUAUUUUUUUAACGAUACUGGAAAAGUACCAAAAAAAUUAUGUGACAAUGUUUUUGAAAAUGAUAAAUGCGCAUGCCAAAUUAGCAAUUACAAUGAUGCAAAAAUAAGCCAAUGCCAAAAGAAUCAUGAAAAUUGUUGUAAUGCUUUUAUAAAAGAAGAAAAUAUUGUAAAAACAACAAAUUUUAAGUUUUUUUUAAAUAUGCUUGAUAAUAUGUACAAAAAAGAUAAAUUGAAGAAAAAUGAAAUUGAAAAAAACAAAAUGAACAUUUGCUACGAUUUUAAUAAUUUAUAUUUCACAGACUUGUUAAACUUGUAUGAAAGAAAUGUAAUUUUGUUCCAAUACAAAAAUAAUCAAAAUAAUUUGUGCUUAUUUUAUGAUGAUCAUUUUUUUGUGUAUAUAUUAGCAUUCUACAUAAGUAUUUAUUGCAAACAAUUCAAUAAGGGGGAUUUUGAACUUAUAACCACAAUUUAUAAAAAAAUUGGAUUAAAGUAUGAAUUGUAUAAACUUUUACAUAAAAGAACGAAAAAUUGCAUAAAUAUGCUAAAAUCUGAUAAAGACAUUUUUGAAAAUGAUAACACAAUUCAAACAAUAAUAUUUUGUAUAAACAUAUUACAUCAUUGUGCUUUGAUACUAUUAGAAAUUCAAAAUCUGUAUAAAUAUAAUCGUAAUAUAAAUAAUAUAUACCUUUUAAUUUUGCAACUUAAGUAUAUUUAUUUAUAUAAUAAAGAUAUUUUACAAAAUACAAAAAAUCAAAAUUUUAAAUUAUAUAUAAAUAAUUAUAUUAAAUUAGACAGCUUAAUAAAUAAUAAUGUAUGUAACAACGAAAUUCAUGAGAUUUUCGAAAAUAUUAUACAAAAUAACAUUAAAAUUGGCUAUUACAAAAUAAAAUUUUUAAAUUUAUCGCUUGAAGAUUUCAUUUUUUUAGUUGAAUCUCAUCCGUUAUUUUAUGAAACCCUAAUUUUGUUAAAGGCUUAUGAGAAAUAUUAUGAUGACAUAGUAUACUCAUUUAUACCCAAAAUUUUAUACAUCCAAGUUGUUAUAUAUGGCAACAAAAAAUACUUGCACGAUUACUGUUCUUACAGUUGUAUUGAUAAAAAUACAACCAAAUAUAUAGUGAAAUUAUUUAUGAUAAACAGUGUUCAUUUAAAAUAUAAUAAUAAUUUCCCAACAAAAAAAUAUAAGUAUAUAACUAUCAAAGAAAAUACUUUAAUCUUUGAUUUUUCAUCAUAUAUAAAAUCCGCAAUAAAUCUCAACAUUCCAAAAGAAAAUAAAAAAGAUGAUAUUUUUAAUUAUCCUAUGCAUAUAAUAUCGCUUAAAUAUAUUUUAAGUCAAUUAAAUAAUAUAGAUUAUAAAAUAAAGGCUUGCAAAAAAUUAGGAUCUGAUUUUGAUGAUAUGCAUUAUGAAUGCAAAAAUAUUCUAAAUUUGACAAUGACAUAG